UUUUACCACCUGCCGUCAAAUUCUAAAUUUUUCUUUGACCACUAGUUAGAAAACUAAAAGAAACACGAUGAUAAGAGAAGACUUUCGAGUAGACGAACAGUACGUGAACAACUUGUAGGGCAGACAAAGUUGGGUUGUAGUUGUUUGAUGAGGAGAAAGAACUAAGUAGAACAGACUAUCUUGAGAAGAAAAAUAAAUUGGAAAACUGAGAAGAAAAAGGAAGUCCCAGGAGGAAGCGUACGGAAAGGAGUGUACAAGACUCUUCAAAAGUUGAAGGCUCGUGAUAAAAGCUGGAAGAUAAGCAUUUCGCAUUUGAUAAGUCUUAUUGAAGGCACGGGUCACGGACUAAUUGAUCGUUCCCUAAAUAUCACGCGUCACGCUCUAACUCUGCGCUGCCCUCACGCUCUCUCUCCCAAAGGACCGCUUUUCGGCAUAAAUAAAUUUUGACAGGAAGACUAUUGUGCUGCUUUGUCAGAACUUAUUCACGCUCUUUUAAACAAAACGUUGAUAAAUUGGUUUUUAUACGCAUUUCAAUAACUAGCUUGAAAACUGUCUCAAUCCUCUUAAAUCAAACAAAAAUAAGCUGAUCCGAGGUGUCAGCCAGUGCAAAUGGAGUCGGCGCUCUGUACAUCCGUUGUUGACCUUCUUACUGAAUGAGCUGUGCUUUGCACACAAUAUAAUCUAUAGAAAUUUGAAUAACGAGCAGACUAGUACCGCCGAAGGGCAAAUACGCACAUUAUGGUGUCAACCAUAAUUAGCUUUCAAUUUCGACUUUAGCCAAGGUAAAUAUUUUACCCGAACUUCUGUUCUUUGUAAAAUUGUUACCAGGUCUUCUCGAGAGUAAAAGACAAAGAACGCUGUCAUAGGAAAGUGCUGGAUUCUCGCUGCCCACAAGUUGACAAACAGAGCUUUACAAACUCGCAGUCAUGUAAAUAUGACUCAUGGCUCUUCUGUUUACUCCCACGCCUUGAUUUCCGAGAUAAUUUCUCACCGAAGCGGAAAUCCACAAGCCCUUGUAGCGCAAACAGCCAGCCACGAAUAUUCCAAAGCGACUGUGCCUAUCUCGGCUUGCCCGUACAUUGACUGCGAUACUAAAGUGCGGUAAUCUGUUUGUUUGAUUGGACACUUCUCUUUAGAUCUGGUUUGUAAUAACAGUAUUAGAGACACUGCUUCACUUGAGACCUUUGUUUUGGUGUAACAAAGCGAUUUCCAAUGAAGCCUACGAUGGUUUUGACUGACGAAGACAUCCAACGAAUUAGAGAGUCUUUGGCUAAGACACUCACACCUCGUCAUAAAAUUGUUAUCGCCCCAUGCUUGGCUGAGGUAUUAGUUUACAAGAUUCGGCUCAGCAUUCUACGACGACCAACUAAAGAGAAAUGGAGUACUGUCGGCCGAGGAGUAAUUGCUUUAAUCUACAAUACCGACAGCCUUGGCCAAAGGAUUGAAGUCUGUUUGACCUCCCUGAAAACACGCGCAGUUGUGUGGAAAGAGACGGUAGUUGCAGACUUAACAAGGAUCGAGUCACCUCAGCCAACUUUUCACACUUUUAAUAGUACUAAAAACUUUAAUGAAAAGGCCGGGAUUCGCUACGAAAAUGAAACAAUUGCGAGACUUGUUCUUCGGGCUCUGAGCGUGUUUUCUUCUCAAUCAAAAUCGCUUAGUAAAGAUGCAUCAAAAGUAUCUGGACAUAAGCCGGCUUCAAGGUCACACUCGUUCAAUGUCGCCCCGAGACCAAGGCAUCCUCGCGCUCACGAAUCUGCUUUUGAAAGGUGUACAGUUGCCUUAUCGAAUAUUCAGAUACAGCAAGUGUUCAGCACCGAAAGACGACAAUUAGCCGAACGACAAACAGCGACACUGUUUGAAGGAAAGACUGCGUCGCAAGAAAACAAUCGACGUCUCGUCUCUAUAACUGAGGGGUGCGAGAAAACCAUGAACGACAUCAGCCGCUUUGAAAACCCAUCCAACAAACUUUUCACCUGCCAACCGCGGCCCGUACACCGCAGUUUAAGUUUGGUUAGGCGAUGUACAGAACCUGUGUUUAAGAAAAGAGACUUGAUGGUCACCGAUUUAUGUACAACCGAACUUUAAAUAAGUUGAAAUCCCUUAGGAAAAAUAGAAACGCUAAAUAUGAACGACAGAAAUUUUAAACGCUGCCAUGAAAUAUGUUGUGACGGUACUGAUGUAAGUUCAAGAGCUUUGAUUUGUUAAGGAGUACAUUGCGUUGUCGACGGCGUGAAAUUUAAUAUUCAAAAUAUGAUCAUGUUAAACUCUGCGUGAAUGGAAACCUAGAAGACUUCAUAAUGCAGAAAAGAUUAACUGAGCAAUUAAGAAAGGAUUUAUAAUAUCUACAGAAAGAUUAGAUCAGUUUCAGAUUGUGUACAGAAAUUCUUUCCUCAAGUUAAUUUAUUGAGAAAAAUAAAGCUGCUGGUAUUUAAUUCUCA